AUGUUUCAGGUGAUGAGGUUUACUGUACAAGAGAUCAAUAACUCAAGCCUCAUCCUUCCCAAUGUAUCGCUUGGUUACGAGAUACUCAACCACUGCUCAGACGUCUUCAACUUUCAGGCAAUCUUGAAAUUGAUCAAUUCAAUUUCAGAGGAGCAUCAACGAGUAUCUGUCCGGUACAUUUAGAAGCACGGAAUCCGUGACUGUUGCUCCCUUGUUCGCGAUGAAUCUCAUUCCCAUGGUAAUACAUUACAUUAGGGCAUUUUGAUCACAUUUUAAAAGUGUAUUAGGGGUAAUAGGGCUGGUGUGGCCAACCCUCCUCCUGGAGAGAUACUGGGUGUGCAGGCAUUUGUUCCAGCCCUGCUCUAAAUUGCUUGAUUAGCUGAAUCUGUUGUGUUUGAGCAGGGCUGGAACAAAAGCCUGCACUCAUAGAAGCUCUCUAGGAGGUGGGUGGGGUAGGUCACAACCCCACCCCAGGUUAUUAUUAUCCAUGUUUGUCUAAAAUCAAAAUGUCUUUCUUCACAGGUAAAUUAUUGGUCCUCCAGUUCUGUUUUAAGUGAGAAGAGUAAAUAUCCCUAAUUCCUGCGAACCACACCUAGUAACAAAGACAAUACAUCUGAUCGUUCUGAUUAUACAGCACUUCAAUUGGGACUGGGUUGCUUUCAUCAGCAGCAGUGACGAGUACAGUCAAAAUGGCCUACAGCUAUGCUGAAAGGCAUUAAGAUCUGUUUGGCUCAUUCAGAAGAGCUCAAUGAAAAGUCUGAUCACUAUGAGAUCCUUCAAAACUUAGAGAGUCUUAGCAUAGAGGUCAUUAUAGUUUGUACCAUGCAGAGAAGUGCUAUUGCAUUCAUGAAAUAA